AUGGCAGCCAAGACGGCAUAUGCGCCGCUUACGGUCCGGAAGGUUUGCCACGACGUUAAUGGCCAGCAAUUGGAUACCCCCAACCAGACCGGUGAGCAUCUUUUGCAACUGCUCAGGCUUGCCCGUUUGCUGUUCCCCGCCGCCCACAGAGACGAAGUUUUGGGGUCCAAAUCACCAAAGGCCGUAUUCGUACCGGAGCAGAUAUCCAUCAAUCAGCACGGGGGCAAAUUUCAACUGUGGUCAGAUUCUCAGGUCAUGGCAUGCCUUCUCUGCAUGCUCUUCAUUUACCCGCAGGACCUAGACAGCGGUGCAACAACACAGGGGCUCUCGCCUGGCCUCAUCGCCCGGCCUCGCCCAACCCUUCACCGAGGCGUGCUGCUGCUGAUGCCUCCCUGUCCCGCGCACAUUCGCGCUCCUUACGGACACUGCUGA